AUGACCGACACCCUCCACAACGCCCCCAUAGUGCUGGACAACGGCUCCGGUACGAUCCGCGCAGGCUUUGCCGGGGACGACUUACCGAAAUGUUAUUUCCCGUCUUUCGUCGGCAGACCGAAGCACCUACGGGUGCUGGCAGGCGCAUUGGAAGGCGACGUGUUUAUUGGGCAGCGGGCGCAGGAGUUGCGGGGGCUGCUGAGGAUCAAGUACCCGCUGGAGCAUGGCAUUGUGACGGACUGGGACGACAUGGAGAAGAUCUGGGAGUGGGUGUAUGGGGAGGGGCUGAAGACGCUGAGUGAGGAGCAUCCAGUUCUGUUGACAGAACCGCCUCUCAAUCCGCGCAGUAAUCGCGACACGGCUGCUCAGAUACUCUUCGAGACCUUUAACGUUCCUGCGCUGUACACCUCCAUUCAAGCCGUACUCUCCCUCUACGCCUCCGGCCGAACCACAGGCAUAGUGCUCGAUGCGGGCGAUGGCGUAUCGCACGCAGUCCCCGUCUACGAAGGAUUCGCUAUGCCAAGCUCGAUACGGAGGAUAGACGUCGCGGGACGAGAUGUUACAGAAUACAUGCAAUUGCUAUUACGGAAAUCCGGCUACGUGUUCCAUACCUCGGCCGAGAAGGAGGUUGUACGGAUGAUCAAGGAGAAAGUUAGCUAUGUGGCCGCAGAUCCGAGGAAGGAGGAGAAGGAGUGGAUAUCGGCGUCUGGGAAACUUGGAGGUGGCGGCGAUCCGAAGAUUGUGGAGUAUGCCCUGCCAGACGAGAGAUUCCGCGCACCCGAAAUCCUCUUCGACCCCGAAAUCAUUGGCCUCGAGUACCCUGGCAUCCACCAAAUCGUGGUCGAUGCCAUCAACCGCACGGAUCUCGACUUGCGGAAGUCCCUCUUCGGCAACAUCGUGCUCUCGGGAGGCGCGACAUUAACCAAGGGUUUCGGAGACAGGUUACUGUACGAGGUGCAGCGAUUAGCUGUGAAGGAUAUGCGGAUCAAGAUCUUCGCGCCGCCCGAGAGGAAAUACUCGACUUGGAUCGGAGGUAGUAUCUUGGCGGGGCUGAGCACGUUUAGAAAGAUGUGGGUUAGCAUCGACGACUGGCAUGAGAAUCCGGACAUUAUCCAUACGAAAUUUACAUAG